GCAGAAUCAGCCUGUCAAUUCGAAAGCAAGCGAGGGAAAACUGCUGUGCCUCUCAGGUCUCACCUUGAUGUCAUGCCUGUCCAUGUGCUGUUGGAGGGUACGGGGCCUCAGAUACCAGCACAUCUGACCAGGAUUCCCAUCUCUCUCAUCACCACCAGCACAGAUGUCACAGACAAAAUAGUCAAGGGGAAAGUGGUUCACAAGGGGCCGCUAGUGCCAUUGAACAAUGACAGUUUUAUCCUGAAGAUGGUCAUCCAAGAAGAAGAUUCCAUGCUGAACAGCUCAUCUCAGAACUCAUCUGUCAAUGUUGUUUUGUUUGGAUCACUGGCCAAGAACUUCAGUCAGUCUGCCAACCAAGGGGUGUUGCGUCCAGUGCUUCCUAACCCCAGAUCCCCACCAGCCAACGAAAGGAGAUCCCCAGUCUCUGCUGAGCUUUCUUCAGCCAAGGCUCCAAAGUACACAUAUGCCAAACUGGACAGCUUGAAAGCUGGAUCUGUUGUCAAUGUGUAUGGUGUAGUGGUGUUCUUCAAACAGCCUUUUAAGAGCCGUGGUACAGAUUUCUGCUCUAGCCUGAAGAUUACUGACCACUCUAAUGAAAAGAUUGGCUGCACCAUCUUCUGUGAGAAACUGGAGGACCAUCCCAAAAUCUUUCGGAAUGGAGACAUUGUUCGCAUGCACAGAGUUAAGGCUCAAGUUUUCAACAAGUCCAUCACGCUGGUCAACACCUUUGGUUUUUCUGUGGUAACAUUUGAUGGGGUGAAAGGUGCACCGGUCGAACCGCGGACAUCCAGCCGUUCAUUCCACUUUGACCCAGACGACCAGCGGACGGUGGAGGAGCUACGAUCCUGGGCUGCCAGUCAGGCUCUCUUCGCCUCAGUUACCAGCACAGUCCCGCUGUCUGCUGUUCAGCCCAAAGCUUACUUUGACCUGACCUGCCAGCUGCUGGCCAAGGCCCCUGUUGAUACCACCUGCACCUUGUUGAGGGUGUGGGAUGGGACCAGGUGUCCUCACACUCUGCUGAAGGUAAUUGUUGAGCCACAUGUCACAGAGGGACAGUUGUCCUUCUCCAAGGAGAGGGAGAACCUCAUUGCCGAUGUCCUCGUCUAUGACAACCAUGUGGAAGUGGCUAGAAAACUGAAGCCUGGAGUCUUCCUGAGGAUCUACAACCUGCGAGCAAUUGCAGGAUCCAGUACAGUGCCUGGUCUUACCAGAAGCCAAUUACAGGUAGAUCACCUGGCUUUUCAUCUGCACGGAGGGACGUCAUAUGGCAGAGGGAUCGGGAUUCUUCCUGAUAACAGCCCUGACGUGCAGGAGCUGAAGAGAGUUAUUGAAGCUUUCCAAGAAAAUGAUGAAGAAGCACUCUCUGAACUCAAUGACUCAGAUCUCUUGGAGGUCUGGAGAACUCCACCAGAGUCUCUUGAUGGUGAAACACUGGAUUGCAGUACAGAGAGAAGCUGUAGCCAUGACAUGCAGAAGGUGACACUAUCUGAAGUUAAGCGGAGUGGCCUGGGUCGAGUUCACCAUGUCAGGGCCCAGCUGAAGGCCUAUGAACCCCACAGACUGCAUGAGGCGCUCAAGCUUUACUGCAGCAAGUGUAAAUCAAUGCAGGAUGUCCCAGAUGAUGAGCUGUUGGAAAGUAUCUUCUCUGAGGCAUCAAAGGACUGUGGACCCUGCAGUCCCCCACCAUGGGUGCUCUCUGGACAGGUCAGCCUCCCAAGACACGCCCCAGGUCCCUCAAACCGAGCUCUAACUGUUUACCUGCUCACUCAGCUUAUGUUUGAGGGCAAAACCAAGGAUGUCAUCUUGCUCAUGGGUUCAACACUGGAGGAAAUGUGCCAGCUCAUGGCCAGCUACCAGAACAUCAUCCCCGUAAGGGCAUCAGGAGGUCACCUGUCUCUGUUCGACCUAUCUGCACCUUUUCUGUUCAGAGGCAGGAAAAGAUACUACGGGUCAGAGAUAACUCUCGGCAUUCAGCCGCUGCAGUUCAUCCUGCUAAUGAAACUGGAGCUGCAGGAUGCCACCGACACGCUGGAUGUCUUCCUGUGGAGACACGCUGAAUCAUUCUUUGGUGUGUCUGCAGAGGAUGCUUCAGCCAAUCAGGAAGCUCAGAACAGCAUCUGCCAAAUCAUGGACUCUCUCUGUCCACCAGGUGGCAACGUGGGUCAGCACCCAUGGCUCGACUUAUGUUUGAUGGCAUAUCAAGCAGAGGACGACGAUGGACAGACUAAGACCUGCUAUCAGGUCUGUCACACGACUGUUGUGAAACCCUCAUCUGAAUGAUCUGACACCAUCUGCACCACCUGUGGGAAAGAUUCAGAUAAAAUUCUGAUCAGAGGAUUCUGAUUCUGUCUGUUGUUGCUUUAUUUCUUUACAUUUCUAUUUAUUGUGUAAAUAAAGUUAAAAACUGAAUAAAAUACCAACUGCAUUUUCUUGCCAUUUCCUGUGCUGCCUGGGUAAACUUUUGAUGACUUUUCAAAAUAAAA